AUGCCGAUGCAGUUGGAAAUGGUUGAAGUGUUGUCCGAUUCAGUCAUCUUGAGAUGGGUUGAAGGAUUUAACGGUGGUUUUGGUAACACUGAAUAUGUGGUCACUUAUAAUGAUGGCGAGCUGGCAAAGAUUGAGAUCAGAAGUGAUAACAAUGGCGAGUGGAGACAAUUGACAACAGUUCCCAUAAUAUCUAACCAGGAAAACGUCUAUUUGAAGUCGACCGCCGAAGAGAUAAGUGAUAUUCGAGUAAUUCUUUGUCUGCAAAGCAACGACUCGUGGUGUGGAUACGAACAUCUCGUCAAAAUGGACUCAAUAUACGCCCGCGAAACCAAAAGUCUCACAACUGACCACUUGUUGACCGUUAUUAUGAUAGCCAGUGUCAGCGCAUUGGCUGUUGUCGUAACUAUUCUGUGCUGUUGUUGGCGACGAAAAGACAAAUCCGAUAAAAAGGAUUACGAAUCGGAUUCAACGUCUGGAAGGCCUAAAGUGACGACAAUAAGCCAACCCUUUUAUGCCUCACACGAUAACAAAGGACUUAUGGCAGACGUGGACACAAGCAAAUUAUCUCCGCCUAUGUAUUCUCCAACCGGUGAUUCCCUGAAUGGACACAUUCCCCAGAAUUACUACUUAACGGGUGAGGACAACGACCCGAGUCCCGGCGCCAGCAGUGAUACGGCACAGAUUGAACUCUGGAAUAUGAUUAAGUCGGAUAUGAUGAGUGAUAAUCCCAACGACAACGGCAUUCCCUAUCAUCCGGCCUACGGUACGGCUCAGAUGCAAAUGGAUCCCAACGGUUAUCUCGGCUCAUAUGGCUAUUACCCACACGAAGGAUAUCAACCAUUAAAUGACGACAAUAUGAAUAUGAAUCGCAAGAAUAAUAUGCAAGUUGGUUAUUAUGAGGAAAUGGGUGCCAAUCCUUACGGCACAGCAAUGGGUAUGGAAAUGAUGAACGAUCCGAUCUCUAAUAUGAAUGAUCCAAAUCUAAUGCCAACUAUGGAUCCGUCAAAUAUGAAUCACAUUCCUUAUGAAGAAGAGAUGGAAUAUUCGACGAAUCGAAACGGAAGAGUCAUUAGAGAAAUAAUUGUUUAAAUUAAUUGUUAUUUUAAUAGUUUUUUUUGUAAAUUAUUGAUUGGAUUUAUUGCUCAAAAUGCCAAAGCAUUUCAUAAGAUAAUUGAGUAAAUUUAGGCCAAAAUAAGUCAAUACAACAUCAAAAUAAGACAUUAAUUGUAAAGUGAUUUAGUCGUGUAUCACAUCAUUCCAUCAUUCAUUCCAUUAGUUACCACAUUAUUAUCAUCUCAUUUGUACAUAAAAUCAUCGAAAUAAUGAUAUUUAAUAUACAAUUACAUGUAAAUCCUUGAAUGAAUUCUUAGGCAUUAUUUGCUCAUUAAAUCACAUCAAAAGACAUUUAAUGUUUUGUAUUCACUCUUCAAAUCCAUUCCAAGCCUAUAGUGUAUUAAUAUA